CACUUGAUAUCAGAAAACCAAAAAUGCCACCCUUAACCCUUCUUAUGGUGGAUGUGUUACUCAUACUAAUAAUAUUCUCGUCCAACAAAGUGUAUGGUGAUGAACAACAAGAAUCGUGUUCUCGAAAGUGCGGUGUUCAUAACAUCACAUACCCUUUCCGACUGAAAGACAGUCCACUAAACUGUGGUGACACAAGAUACAACCUAUCAUGCGAAGACAACAACCAAUUGAUUUUGUACAAUGGAACAAAUGGAAAAUACUAUGUACAAUCAAUUCAUUACAACAACUUCACUAUCCGACUAUUGGAUUUCAAUCUUCGAUCUAACAAUUCACUCCCUCCUUAUUAUUCUUUAGGAGGCUACAAUUUCAGUUCUUCCUUCUCAUCACCCUACCUUUUCUAUCAAUACAAAAACUUUUCUUAUACAGAUAUAUUAACAAAAUCUAUGCUCUAUGUGACUUGUCCAAAUCCAGUGCAACAUUCUUCUGGUCACAUGUAUGGUCCUAACUGCAUGAAUAGUUCUUCACAUUUAGAGUAUAAGAAUUCUUUCUAUGUUAGUGGCUACAACAAAACUCUUUCACAAUUGGGGCUGAGAGACAAGUGUCGUAUUGAAUUGAUGUUUCUCACAUCUUGGCAUGUUGAAGAUGGAAACAACAACAUUUCUUGCAAGAACAUUCGUCGCAUGAUGUUUGAUGGAAUUGAACUUUCUUGGAUUAAUAGUUUUUGUAAAGAUAUAUGGUCUGUGGAAGUCGAUCAAUAUAACCAACCUCGAUGUUGUAAGACUUAUUUUUCUCAUUUCCUCUUCUUUAUAGGUGAGUUGGUUUUUCUUUACAUUCUCAAACUUGUUCUUGGAAUGCCAUGUAUCAUUGGAUUAUUGAUAUGGAAAUGUCGACGGAAACAUUUAUCAAUGUACGAUGACAUCGAAGGUUUUCUACGUAGUAGCAAUAACAUCAUGCCAUUAAGGUACUCUUACAAAGAAAUAAAAAAGAUAACCAACCAAUUCAAGACAAAAUUAGGUAAAGGAGGCUAUGGAUCUGUUUUCAAAGGACAACUUCAGAAUGGUCAUCUUGUAGCUGUCAAAGUAUUGGACAAAGCCAAGUCCAACGGACAAGAUUUUGUUAAUGAGGUUGUUACCAUUGGUAGGAUUCACCAUGUUAAUGUAGUACAACUGAUUGGUUUUUGCAUAGAAGGAUCAGAACGUGCUCUUAUAUACGAAUUCAUGCCAAAUGGGUCACUUGAAAAAUACAUAUUUUCUCACAUUGAAGAGAGUUAUUCCUUGAGUUGUGAAAAAUUAUAUUCCAUUUCUCUCGGAGUGGCUCGAGGCAUUGAGUAUUUGCAUAAUGGUUGCAAUAUGAAAAUUUUACAUUUUGACAUAAAGCCUCAUAACAUCCUUCUUGAUGAGAAUUUUAAUCCAAAAGUUUCAGAUUUUGGACUAGCGAAACUUUGUCCUACAGAUAACAGUAAUGUGUCAUUAACUGCAGUAGGAGGAACCAUUGGAUAUAUGGCCCCUGAACUAUUCUAUAGAAAUGUUGGUACAGUAUCUUACAAAGCCGAUGUGUAUAGUUUUGGGAUGCUGUUAAUGGAGAUAGCAAGUAGAAGAAAGAACUUGAAUGAAUCGGCUGAGCAAUCCAGCCAACUUUAUUUCCCAUUUUGGGUCUAUGGUCGAUUACAUGAUGGAAGAGAAGUUACAAUUGAGAAUGACACCAAUCAGGAAAUGAAAUUGACAAAGAAAAUGAUGAUUGUGGCUUUAUGGUGUAUCCAGACAAAACCUGAUGAGCGUCCUUCGAUGGAUAAAGUGAUUGAGAUGCUUGAAGAAGAAGAUGAGGAUUUGCAAAUGCCCAAUAAACCAUACCUUUAUCCACAAGAUUCACUUGAUGAUGAGUAUGUUAGAAAUAAUAGUACUAGCGGUUCAUGGUCUUCUUCUGGUACAUUAAUAACUAAUCCCAUGCAAACAACCUAAUCUUGUUGUAGUUCUCAGACGAGUAACUCUUCAUUUACAUCUAACUUUUUUUAUUAUAAGCAAUAGCUAUGUAUUUAUAGAUAUGUAAAUGUUCCUG